AUUAUUUCAUGCUAGUUCUUGGGAAAGCCCUCUAGCUCUUAUUCCUUUAGUUGCCCCCUUUCUUUUUCUUCUGUGGUUCUUCCCAGGGGUCUUCCCGCCAGAGUACAAACACGCAGACGUGGUGCUUCUUCACUGCUGUUUUGCUGCUUAAGGCUGCAGGUCGUUCUUUUGCGCUCAGCGAGCUAACGAACAGGCAGUUGCAGCGGGAACAUGUUCUAUGCUGUGCGCAAAGGCAGGAGGCCAGGAGUGUAUUCAUCCUGGGAUGAAUGUAGAGACCAAGUUGAUGGAUACGGGUAUGCUAGUUUCAGAAAAUUUGAAAGUGAGGAAGAUGCUUGGGACUUUGCAAAUGGCGAGUCAUCGAGAUCAACAGGACGCUAUACAGAUGUUUAUACUGAUGGAUGUUGUUCAAAUAAUGGACGCCGUGAUGCACGUGCUGGAACAGGAGUCUAUUGGGGACCUGAUCAUCCUCUAAAUGUUAGUGAGAGACUUCCUGGGCGGCAAACUAAUCAAAGAGCUGAAAUAAAUGCAGCUACCAGGGCUGUACAGCAAGCUAGAAGUCAAAAUAUCACGAAACUGAAUAUCCAUACUGACAGCAAGUUCACCAUUGAUGGUAUGACAAAGUGGGUUCCAAACUGGGAGCGUAAUGGUUGGAAAACCAGCACCGGGAAAGAUGUAGUCAACAAAGAGGACUUUCAAAGGCUUACUAACCUUUCAGAAGGCAUGGACAUCAAAUGGACCCAUGUUCCAGGUCAUGCAGGAUGUAAGGGAAAUGAAGCUGCUGAUCGUCUUGCAAGAGAAGGAGCUGGAAAACCCUGAUCAUAGUGUUUUGGAAUUACAAAGUUCCUUAAGAGUUCUCUGGCUGUAAUAACAAUAUGGGUUUGUUAACCUGUGUCAGCAUUUCUAGUUAACAUGCAUUUUUUGUUGCAUCUCUGCCCAGCUUUGAUGAUACGUGAGAAGACUCACAAGUGCAUACUUUUCCCUAUUCUGUAGAGGCAUUUUCAAGGUUCUAAUUGAAAUUAAUUCAAUUUAUGUUGGAAUUAAACUGCUUCAUGUUUUUAGGCAGCACUUUUCCAUACUUCACAGCUGCAAAUUUGUUUUUAAACGUUGUAAUUCUAGCUAUUUUAGAAGUGUCCGUAGGAUGCUGAACAACAGUAUGUUUUCCCAUUGAGCUUUGAAAUAAAAAUUUUUGCUUUUA